AUGGCUCCUAAGCGUCGAAGUAAGAGGAAAUCUCAUUUUAUACUUCAACCUGAGGUAAAUAUGCAACCACCAACUAUGAGUACAAAUCACACUGAUCAACAUUCAAUUGAGAAAGAUGGUCAAAAUAUACAAGGUACGCUGAAUAACCAAAGAGAUACACUUUCAAAUCAACUUCAUGUCGAUGUGCAAGAUAAUAUCCCAUAUGUUGAAAACAUGACUUUAGUUCUAGAUCAAAAUGUUGAUAUGAAUGAAACAUCUAAUGAAGAGUUAUCAAUUCAAGUUCUGUUACAGCAGAGAGAUGAAAGAGCUCAUGCAGAACAAUAUAUGAGACUAGUUGCAUUUUGGAACACAGAAAAAUCAAAGGAAAAAGAAAAGGGGCACCCUCCAACACGAGUCGAAUUAUUUCAGGCUUGCUUUACUCAUGCCAAUGGAAGUCCCUCAAGUAAUGUUGUAGCAGAAAAAUUGGUUGCAAUGAAUGAACUAGCAAAUCAACUUCCUGAAGAUUCUAAUGAUCCAGUGAGUCAAAAUGAUAUAUUUGCUCAAAUUAUCGGACCAGAUAGACCUGGCCGAGUACGUAUGCUUGGUGAUGGUGUUAGUCCAUCUGAUUUAUGGGGAGAAGUUCCUAGUCGUGACACAUGCAAUCGACUAGUGAUGGAACAGAAGACAAAAUUAGAAAAAAUGGAUGAACAAGUUAAAAAGCAAGGCCAACAUAUUGCAAUGUUAGAAGCAAAGAUUUCUGAUCAAGCAAACCAAAAUCCUAUUUCAAAUUGCAAUAAUAGUCAACACACAUCAUCAAGUAGUAAUCCACAAACUUCUAUUCCUUCUCGUCCAUCUUUACGGAUUGGAUGUUCUGUCUUGAUCAAAAGUUUAUUUGAUUCAACAAAAAUUGUGGCAAAAGGAGUGCUUCAUAGCAUGGAUCCAAAUACUACAGUAGGAAGACAGACACUAGGACCAAAUUGGUGUGAAGUACAAGUACAAGUUUUCCUAAAACCAGAAGAGAGUUUAAUUAGACCUUAUGAUUUUUUACAGAGGUUUGAGGAUACACUUGGAGGAAUGAUAGCUUGGCCAUAUCAUUUGUUAACAGUAAACGAAGACUACUAUUAG